GCCUCAAAGUGUAGAUUGAGGAUCACCAAAACAUUUGUCCUGAUCAGUUUUGCUUGGUGCGAAUCCUGGGGCUAUCGUUUUUUUGGAAAGAAUUAUUUGUUUUUGUUGCGGAGUCGGAAUUGAAUUAUUUUGAAGCGCCGCGGAGUCGGAUUUUCGUAGUGCUUGAAAGGGGAACGAGGAAACACAACAAUUACGUGCAAUUUUACGUGGAAAGUUUAGAACCAUAAUAAAGUGUAAAGUGUAGUUAAAGUGUCUGACAUUUCUGGGCAGUUUCGGCCCCUACAAAGGACAAUGCUUCUCUGAUGGAGAAACUGCAGAUGGGGUCGAUGUGGAGGAUCGUCCAGUUGAGUUGCGUGAUCAGUAGAAAUGGCGGUCGCAGAGGUCCUGCGAGCAGCACUGAUAUCGUUCCCCGGCACGAGAGUAUCAGCAGAAUCUUCGGCUACUGGAUCCGGAAGUUUCUCCGCCAUUAUCUCCUUCUUAGGUUGUAGCUGUUGUUCGGAGGAAGCGUGCAUGUCGUCUGAUGUCUUGCAUGAAAGCACCGUAAAGACUGAACUAACUUCAUUCAAAUUCAAUACUAAAUUUUGCGCAUUCGGCUUAAUUCAUCGAAUUCCCAAAAGAGUAGAUAUGCCUACCAACGGGAAUUGUAAUGGAAACGUCAAAGAAGCGAGCGCUUCUGAGGAUGCAUCGAUAGUGAUCAACAAGGAUCUUUUUGUCGAUAUAUUGGAAAAACAAUUCGGAAAAUGUACUAUAAAAAAGUUUGAGUCAGUAAAAAGUUCAGGCGGUGGAGAAAAUUAUAUGUCCUUGAUGUUUCAUGUCAGCAUCGAUAUUGAGAAGGAAGAUGGAACAUCGGCCACAGCCAAAUACAUUGUGAAAAUGAUACCACCGAACGAUCCAAGUGCUGAAUUCAGAAAAAAUCUUCGAGUCUAUUCGAAAGAGGUCGAAAUGUACAGUAAAGUCGUCCCGAAAUUCCAAGAGAUUUUCCAUGAUAGCAACAUAGAAGUCGCGUUCGCACCUAAAUGUUGGAAAACUGUAGAAGAACAUGAAAUUUUAAUAAUGGAAGACUUGAAAGUGCGCAAUUUUAAGAAUAUAAAUCGAAUGCAGGGAAUGGACAUGCAACAUGCAGAAUUAGUCCUGACCAAAAUAGCACAAUUUCAUGCUGCUUCGGCUUGCAUUUAUGAAAGGGAUGGUCAAUAUUCCGAACAGUUGAUGGAGGAUUUGUUUUCUGAAGCAAUGGGGGAAGAGUUUCGAGCUGUGCAACCAGUGAUUUGGGCCACGAUAUGUAAUCAUCUUCGAGAAUGGAAUAGUUGCCAGGAGUAUGUAGGUGUAAUGGAAAGUUUGAAGGAACGAAUUGCGGACAUAUAUGUAGAGGCAUUCAGAAAAGAUUUAAAUGAAUUCAAUGUCCUCUUACACGGUGAUCUUUGGGCUAACAAUAUAAUGUUCCAACAUGACGACAACGGCAAAGCAAAAGAAGUCCUUUUUGUGGACCUCCAAAUCUCCCGCUAUGGAAGUCCUGUUCAUGAUCUGAUAUACUUCAUAGUUUCAUCAACCGAAAAUUCAAUCAAAACCAAAGAAUUUGAUCACUUCAUCAAAUUUUAUCACACGGAAUUGGUGAAGAAUUUGAAGCUUCUGAAUUACCCAAAAGCAAUACCGAAACUCAUCGAUUUACAUAUUGCAGUAUUGAAAAAGUGCUUCCUUGGUAUUGCAACGUCGUUCGGAGUUAUGGCAGCAGCACUUCUAGAUCCCACCGAGGACGCUGACCUAUCCAAUUUCUUUGGAGACUCUGAAGAAGGGAAAAAAUUCAAACAGGAAUUUUAUACGAACCCAAGACUGAUAAAGGCUUGUGAGCUCGUAUUACCAUUUUUCUAUAAUAAAGGAGCCUUUGAUGUUUUUCAGAAAAAGACGCCCAAGGAAAAGGAGGCUCCUGUAGAAGUUAUAGCGCCAUCAAAUCAAGUUAUACCCGCCUUUAAUGAACCAGCGCCAACCCCAGCUUCCCAGGAGCCAAUUGAUUUAAUAACAAAGGACCUAUUUGAAGAUGUAUUGGAGAAACAGUUUGGAAAAUGCAGCAUAACGGAUUUCCAAGUUAAGGAAAGUUCAGGUGGUGGUGAAAACUAUAUGUCUUGCAUGUUUCGGGUUCACAUCGAGGUCGAAAAAGAAGAUGGAACCACUGGUUCUUAUGACUACAUUGUAAAGUUAAUGCCACCCAAUGACCCACAAGCCGAACUUAAGAAGAGCAUGGCUGCAUUCCCAAAGGAAGUUGAAAUGUAUGAGAAACUUGUCCCGCAAUUCGAACAAGCCUUUCAUGAAAUCGGUGUUGACACUGAAUUCUCCCCGAAGUGCUGGAAAACGAUGAAUGAUCCGCAAUUGUUAAUCAUGGAGGAUUUGACUACUCGAAAAUUCAAAAACAUUGAUCGCCUCAAAGGAAUGGACAUGGAACAUACUAAGCUGGUCCUAACGAAAUUAGCACAGUUCCAUGCGGCAUCGGCUUGUAUUUAUGAAAAAUCAGGACCAUAUUCGGAACAAAUGAGGAAUGGAAUGGUUGACAGAUCCAAAUCAGGAGAUUUAGUAGACAUGCAGAAAACACAUUGGGCUGGACUGUGCCAGCUUUUCCGAUUCUGGAACACAUGUGGAGAAUAUGUAGAUCAACUGGAAUCAUUGACGGAUCGAAUCAUCGAGAUAUAUUCACAAUCAAUGGACGCAGAUCCUAAUGAAUUCAAUGUCCUUCUUCACGGAGAUCUCUGGGCAAACAACAUAAUGUUCCAGCAUGAUGAAAACGGUCAUCCAAAAGAAGUUAUAUUUGUUGAUUUACAACUUUCCAGAUAUGCUUCCCCAAUGCAGGAUUUGAUGUACUUGAUUUUCUCGUCAACUGAUAUUUCGAUAAAGGUCGAUGAGUUUCAUAGUCUCCUGAAAUUUUAUCACAGAGAACUUGUGAAAAAUUUGACCCUUUUGAAAUAUCCAAAGGAACCUCCUACUCUUAUGGAUUUAAAUAUCACCUUGUUGAAAAGAGGUUUUUACGGUAUUAUUGUUUGUACAACUGUUAUGCCUGUCGUUCUCUUAGAACCUACAGAGAAUGCAAAUAUUGAACACUUCUUCGGGGACUCAGAGGAGGCACAAGAGUUUAAGAUAAAAAUGUUCACAAAUCCAAAACUUAUAAAAUCAUGUGAGAUUAUAUUUCGGUUUUUAGGUAAUAAAGGCGCUUUUGACAUUUAAA